GCUCUUCCCGCGCCUAGAAACGAGCUCGGCCUCCCGACUCCCUGGGCUCACCCCAGCACGGGCCAAUAAAUCCCCAUCGCCGGCUCGAUCACUGCUCCCGAACACCUCCUUAAUUUCCCCUCGCCAUCAAUUAUACCCGAUCGGUCGACACCAUGACGCGUUGCAUGCUCGCCAGGCCGCUCCUGGCCUCCCUGCUGCUGCUGGCCCUCGCCGGCGUGGCCUCCGCCUACGAGAAGGGCCCCGGCGGCUUCGUCGUCACGGGCCGCGUCUACUGCGACCCCUGCCGCGCCGGCUUCGAGACCAACGUCUCUAAGAACAUCGGAGGGGCGACGGUGGCGGUGGACUGCAGGCCGUUCAACGGCGGCGACAGCAAGCUGAAGGCGGAGGCGACGACGGACCAGUACGGGUGGUACAAGAUCGACAUCGACCAGGACCACCAGGAGGAGAUCUGCGAGGUGCUGCUGGCCAGGAGCCCCGACCCGGCUUGCUCCGAGAUCGAGGAGUUCCGCGACCGCGCCCGGGUGCCGCUCACCCGCAACAACGGCCUCAAGCAGCAGGGCACACGCUACGCCAACCCCAUCGCCUUCUUCCGCAAGGAGCCGCUCAAGGACUGCGGCGGGAUCCUCCAGGCAUACGACCUCAAGGACGCACCCGAGACGCCAUGAAAUACAUGCGUAUAGGCCACCGUUAAUUUUACUUGGUCACGUCUGGGCCGCAAGGCCGGCGCGACGCGAAGCAGACGGCCCGAGAAGAUGGCCACCCGUUUGAUGGGCCUCUUUUGGGCCUGAAACUUCAAACGCAGCUGCUUUUCUGUACUGUUCGUUUUCUUUUCUUUUCUUCUGUUUCUAAAACCGUCCUCUGAUUACGUGUUGAUCUAGAUAUGUGCUGACUCCAUGGGUUUCUCGCUACUCCGUAUACAAUAAGAGAACACAGUUUUUUUUAGAUUCCUAA